AUGCGUAACAGGAGUAACAGCCUAGUAGCUGAAGACUGCCUGCUUCGCCCAGCUUCCACAACAGCUUAUGUCGCGGUGGUGGAUUAUGUGUGUUCGGUAUUUCCUGUACGUAGGGACGGCUUGCUUGGUCCAGCACCUACAUCAGCCUAUGUGCCGAUGGUAAUUCCGACACGAUGUUUGCAUACAUCUCGGUUUUCAAUUACGACACCCUGUACAAAUGUGGCAGAACUCAUAAUGAGAGAUUUUGGACAGUUUUCUAACAAAACAGCAUUGAUUGACGGAAAAUCAGGUGAAACUAUAUCAUUUUGUGAAUUGGAAAAUGACGUCAUAAGAUAUGCAGAUUUCUUCCGGAGGGUGGGUAUAAGAAGCGGUGACGUCGUGUGUAUAUGUGGAUCUAACACAAUGGAAUUCGCCCACGUAUUCCUGGCUGCAACCGGAAUUGGUGCCGCUGUUACAAUAGCGAAUGGGCAACUUACGUCACUUGAGUUAUCAGACCAGAUAAAGAUUUCAAAAGCAAAGUUUGUAUUUGCCACUGAGGACACUUUUAGGAAAUGUCAAGAGGCACUACAACUGACUAAUAAUAGCGAAAACGUAUUCCAGAUCGACCAUGGGAAACUUUCAACAAUGCUUUCGAGUUCAAUCCAUGUCGAUAGGUCCGCUUUUCUUAAUUAUGACGUCAGCGAUGACGAUGUAGCUUUGGUGCCCUUUUCCAGUGGAACUACAGGAUUGCCCAAAGGUGUAGAACUUACCCACGGCAAUCUAACAGCUCAGCUGAGUCAAAUAAGGCAUCCAACUGUAUUACCCUUAACUCCUGGAGAUGACCGAGUGAUUACGAUGCUCCCUAUGGUUCACAUUGCUGGACUAAUGAUCGGUUUACUCAAUCCUCUGGCUCAAGGCGCCACGGUCGUCAUACUACCUAAGUUUGUACCUGAGGAUUUUCUUCAUGCCGUUGAGAAGUACAAGGGGACAUUUUCACUACUUGCUCCCCCCGUGGUAAAUUUCCUCGCCAAUGAUCCUAUGGUAGAUAAAUACGACUUGUCAAGUCUUCGAGACCCAUACAGUGGAGCCUCAACUUUGGGCAAAGAACUGACAAAGAAAAUGGUACAUCGAUUAAAAUUGGACGGUAUUAGGCAAGGAUAUGGAAUGUCCGAAACAAGUCCUGUUGUAAUGACUGAUCCACCAGGAAACAAACAAUAUGGAUCUAUUGGACGCCCAAUUCCUGCAACCACGACAAAGCUUGUUGAUCCCAACUCAGGGGAUGAUCUUACCAAACCUGGGGAACAUGGGGAAAUUUGGGUCAAAGGACCACAGGUCAUGAAAGGUUACUUAGGACAAUCUCAAUCUACACAGGAAGUCAUCACGACUGAUGGUUGGUUUAAAACUGGUGAUAUUGGAUACUUUGACAAAGAUGGAAAUUACUUUGUUGUUGACAGGAUAAAAGAUAUCAUCAAAUACAAAGGAUAUCAGAUUGCUCCAGCCUAUCUUGAGAACAUCCUGAUGUCCCACCCCAGUGUAAGGGAAGCAGCAGUUAUUGGAGAACCUGUAGGGGUUUAUGGGGAAGUCCCCAGGGCAUAUGUCAUUCCCUCUUCUCCUGUUUCUGAAGAAACCCUCAUCAACUAUGUGAAUGAACAAGUUGCACCCUACAGACGAUUAAGAGGAGGAUUGGUGUUUACUAAAGAGAUUCCUAAAUCCCCCAGUGGAAAAAUACUCAGACGACUUAUAGGACAGAAACAAGCAUAAACUUGUGUUUAAGUCAUCAGAAUCCUUCCAUCACCA